UAAAAAUGAAAUAGAAACUAUUUCAUCAAAUAUUAUUACCCUUAGAAGCAAUGUUCUAAAUUUAGACGAAUGCAACAAGCGAGUAAAGGAAUUUGUGGAACUCACAGAUAGGAAAUGGAAUUCUAGAGCUUCGAAACCUCAGGGAGAAAGAUUUGUUUGUUGGAACCAGGAUUCUCAGCAAUGAUUGAAAUUGAAGACGUAACAGAGGAUGAAAGAAAGGCUAUAGAAAAGUUAAGGAGAAGAAUUGAACACGAAUUAACACCAGCACUACUUGAAGAUAAAUCUCUGUACUAUAGAUUUUUAAAAGCUCGAGAUUUCAACAUUACAAAUGCUGAAGCUCUGAUUCGAAAGCAUAUGCUUCUCAGGGAGAAAUAUAAAAUAGACAAGUUUGUUCUUAAAGACUAUGAGCCACUUGCAAUUUUAAAUGAAUAUUAUCCUUCAGGCUUUAUGUGUUAUGAUAAAGAAGGAGCGGUAGUGCGGUAUUGUGAUGUUGGCAACAUGGAUAUGAAAGGCCUUUUCUCUAUGUUCACUUUUGAGCAAGUUGCCCAACAUGCUAUUUCCUGUUUGCAAAGUGAUGUUGACAGACUUACAGAACAAAGCAAAAAGUUGGGGAAACCAGUGGCACAAUUUACUUGGAUUGCAAAUAUUGAAAAUCUCAAUUUAUUUUCCGUCACUUAUAAGCGAGCGAUUCAAUAUAUUUGUGAAGGGUGUCUCUUAUAUCAAGAUUUGUUCCCAGAAAGAGUAAAAGCAUUUUAUAUCAUUAAUGGCUCUGCGUAUUUCAGCAUUGCUUUUUCCAUAAUUAAACCAGUGAUUUCGAAUGGCGUCAUUCAAAAGAUUCAGUUCCUUGGUAAAGAUGAAUGCAAAGAUAAACUUUUAGAAAUAAUUGACGCCGACGUCCUACCUGCCUUCCUAGGUGGUACCAGAACAGAUCCAGAUGGCAACCCUUUAUGUACCAGUUUUAUUAAACACGGAAAGAAAAUUCCCGAAGAACUAUACUUGAAGCAGAGAUCAUUAAUUAGCGAAAAUGGCGUUAAGAAGCUCAUUGUGAAGAGAUCAUCUUUCUCCGAAGUGAUGCUUUUAGUUGAUGAACCAAGUACAUUUAUAGAGUGGGAAUUCGAAACAGCCAGCAGGAGCAUAGGUUUUGGCCUCUUCUUUAAAAACGAAUCAAACCCAUGUACAGAAAUCGAAGAACUAAUUGAAUUACAAAGAUUUGAAGCUGCGGUUGAAACAGGCAUUUACAAGUGUCAAAAAACAGGAACUUAUAUUAUUGUUUUUGACAACUCUUAUAGUUGGUUGUAUUCAAAGGAACUGUACUACAGAAUACGUUUGAGAAUGCCCAAUGAAGAAAGUUCAAGCCUUACUUAGAUUGUCUUUCUUGCAAUCUCUGUAUUGUUAUAGUAGCAUAUAUCUGAGACUUACAAAAAUUAUGGAUUUAAAAAUUAUGUAUUCAAAAACAAUGUAUUCAAUUAUGUAGCGAAAUAAAAGUUAUGAAACUUU